AUGGCCGGACCAGCCCCCUCCCUCCCCGCCACCAUGCAAGCCCUCCGCAUCACCUCCUUCGGCGCUCCCUACACUCUAACCACCAUCCCCGUUCCCUCCCCCUCCACCCUCCGGCCUCAUGACCUCCUAGUCAAAGUCGCCGUCGCCUCCCACUGCCACACCGACACCAUCAUCCGCCUGGGCGCCAUACCCAGCAUCCCGCUCCCCUUGACCGGAUCGCACGAAGGUUCCGGAACCGUGGUA